AUGCCAGUGACUUCAGUUAUCGUAGCUUACAAUUGGAAUGCGUCGAUACUCGACAAACUCGUCUUUUCACGUCGCGUUUUCACGGGAAUUGCUGAAAAUCAGCAGAAUUUCAGCUAUUUUCUGGGUGCUUCGGGAAGUUUGACGAUUUUCUUGAUGACUAUCAAAUAUCAUUGGAAGUUUAGAAAAAGUCGAGGAAAAACGGUGGAUUUUUUGAAAAACUUUUUUCUGUGAAACUAAUAAUAAUUUUGUUAUUUUUUUUCAGAACCUCGUCCAAACAACAAUUGAUCAAAUAUAUAUGGUCACCAUAAUCCCAACAAUCGGAUGUUGUCUAGCAGUUUGCCACGUCAUUCUAUCAAGCAUCCUUCAAACUAUCCCAGCCUAUGAUCAAAUUAAACAAUGGACCGAAAAAGAUCUAAAACAAUCCACAAAUUUUCUAUGUUAUUUGUAUAUCUCUAUUCAAUCGCUAUAUAUCUGUGGAAUUGCCGUAAUUAUCAUUGCUGAUUUUGUAUUCGGAAAUAUGAUUGAUGUUUUGAUAACUUUGCUAGUCAUUCAACGAGCUUUUAUCAUAUUUUUUGGGCAGAAAUUCAAGUUUUUGGUGGGCAAAAAUGCGUUUCGAAUACUAUCCAUAAUUAUAUGGGGCUUAUUUUCAAUCUAUCGUAUUUUCAUGAUUCUUGAAUACCGAGAAAUAGACAAUCGUGAAAGCAUUGAACUUUGUCCGGAAUAUAUUGAAUUCUAUAAUUUCACAAUAACUUCAUCAAUUUGCAUUUCAAUAUUUUGCACAAUUUUGUACAGUUUAUUAUUUUAUUAUCUUUUCAAACAGCGGAACAAUGCGAAUUUUUGGGAAGUUCCUGAAAUCGCAUUUUUAUAUGAAGGUGUGCCAAUAUUGAUUAGCAGAGUUCUGGUAGCUUUUUAUACUUUUGAGCCAUUUUCGGAUGAUGUCAGCUUUAUUGAGAAAAUCUAUAAUUAUGACAUACGUUAUCAGAUAAUAUCGAUAGCUUUGGUGCAAUUUACGUAUAUUUUUGAUGUCACAACGAUUCGCAGGUUUUUCAAGAGAAGAGAAAGAAGAAGAGUUGACCAAAAUCCAACAAAUCAUAGCAGAAUUUGAGAUUUGCACCUGGCAGACUUUGAACUUUAGCUUUUUCAUUUCACCCCCCGACAAAAAUGCGAAAUUUCACGCUCUCUUGUAUUCCCAGCUUUUCAAUCAUGGAAAAACUUGUGUUCAGCCAGAAAAUGCUGCCAGUUGAGUUGGCAGAAGAGCCGCGAAAUAUUUCCUGUGUGCUCUCGCGAAUUUCGGCGUGUUUUUGAUGACGUGUUGGUAUUGUGGAAAAGUUCAGAGACGGCGGGGAGAAGCGGUGAGUUUUUCGAUGUUUUCAAAAAAUUUUUAGAUAAAUUUCACACGAGGAUUUAUGAUUUUUGAAAAAUUCAUCUGAAAAUCACCUGGAUUCAAAUUGUUCUCUGGGAUAAGAAAUAGGAAAUGAAAAUUGAGAACGAUAAUGCCACGUCAUAGUUCACGAUACUGCGUGGAAUUAGAGAUUUUAAUUUUGAAUUACGGCAAAUCAGGUUUUAUUUGAAAAAAUUAUAAAUUAAAAUUUAAAACAAAUCUGAUUUGCCGUAAUUCAAAAAUAAUUUUGUUUGUGAGAAAAUGGAUCCUAGCGGGAGGGAGGGGAUUUUGGGGAAAAAAGGGGAAAAAAAGGAGGUUAAUCCGCAAAACUUGUUUUUUGAGGAUACUUGGAGGCUAAUAUCAUAAGGGAAAACGAAUUCUGGGAAAAAAAUCAAAAUUUUAGGCUUAGAUUCAAAUUGCCACGUCAUAGUUAUCUUUGAGCAAACUGAAAAUAAAAAUUGGAAUUCAGGAGGUAAAAUUGAAUAAGUUUUUUGUGGUUAAGAUUUCCAAAGUUCACAAAAUGCUCAAGAAUUUGGACGCGAGAAUUAUGAAAGAUGCGGAAGAGCAAUUGAGCAACGAGGAUGUGAAUCAUGUGAUGACAGGUGCGAGAAGUCCGAAAACCGGUGGCAAAGUCAAGAGUUAUUGA